AUGCCCCUCAGCUCGUUGCCCGACUUUCCGGAAGACUACACCUGGAAUGUGGCACCUUUGGCAUCCUGUGUGGUUGACUGUCUCGAUUUGAAAAGAAUAAAGCAGUUUACCGCUACCACGUACGAAGCAACUUACCCUGGUGACGAGCCCUUGGCUACUAUGAACUCGACAGCUGUUAUUGCUAAAGUCGCACGGUUCGAAUGGGAGCUACCUCGUUUAUCGCUGGAGACCCUCAUUUAUAAGAGCCUGGAAGAUACAGGCCUUGCCCCACGGUUCAUUGGCCAUGUCCACGAGCAUGGCCGUGUAGUUGGCUUCAUGCUAGAAAAGCUCGAAGGGCGUGAAGCAAAUAUCAACGAUCUUUCGUCUUGUCAAUCUGCCCUUCAGCGCCUACAUGACAUUGGCAUCCUCCAUGGAGACGCCAACAGAUACAAUUUCAUUAUUCAAGACGACAAGGCGCGACUGAUUGAUUUUGAGAAAAGUCAACUAUGCCGUGGCGCUACUGUAUACAUGCGAGCUGAGAUGGAGAGUCUAAGUGAUGAGUUGGUGGAGGACACAUGA